CGCACUCCAGCACCUCAUCGCGCUCAUCCACCAAUCCCCCUAUCUCGAACUCGCAUGGCACAUCCCCGACCUGGAGCUCCUUUCCAUCUAAAGCGUUUCCUUUGGCUUUUCCAUCUGCCUCUCGCACCCUUCAGCAUCGUUUCCUCCGUGCGAUGUCACGCGAGCCCCCUAUGCCUCCCAGCCUUCGGCGCAAAUGGCAGCAAACCAGCAGCCAAAGCCUCGAUAGUGGCCUGCGCAAUCGACUGUCCACCAUCACAGACGAGGACCUGCAGACUACGACCGAAGCACUCUCAACGCCCUUCGAUGCAGACGGUUCGGUUAUACCUUCGUCCAUAAGCAGAGCGAGCCCCACCUCUACGGAUGAGAGUGCCAGUGGGACUCCGGGGAGCAUUUCACCCGAGCAACUCAAGGACGAUAGAUGUGGUCGCGGUCCCGAGGUAGAGGGCAACUCCUACCGUGUUAUGCCAAGCACUCUCACACAGGCCACCAGCCAAGCUCAGGAUCGUAGACUCGCCAUACUAUUCCUCGCUUUGCUCGUGUGCCUAACCGCCGCGCAGUCGACGUUUUCGUCGCUCAUGUCGUUUCUUUCGUCUCUUUUCCUCGGGUCAUGAGACGCAACAGGGGUGGGAUAGGCAGGCCCUCCCAAAAGAUGCUGUCGAUGUUAAUCCUCCGUACUAAGCUUCCGUUGUCGAAUCCUUCCUUUUCCUCAUUCAUGGGUUUAUGGUCGGUUUUAUUGUUUAUCUUCCCGGAAUCUGCGCUCGUUGCUGUUUGAUACCUUCUUGAUUACGCACAUAUAUAUACUACAAUUUCUAGCAUCGCACGUAUGUAAUCCAUUCUUGUCAAUUGAGUCUUCUAAGCAUCUGUCAUCUGAAUCCGCACUUCAUCCCCAUACGCACUUCCGUACUAUUUCCUUACUUUCCAUCCUUCACCC